UCUCUUCUUCCCCUUCCCGUCCCCUACCUGUCUCCUGUCAUCUUCCUUCCCUCGCUUUCCCACCUCCAUCCACCCCGCCGCGCCUCGACCCCCUCUCCGCGCCGCCGCAUCUCCGGCGAGAUGUCGCGCUUCGGGCGAUCCGGCCCGCCGCCAAUCCGCGACACCUACUCCCUCCUCGUCCUCAACAUCACCUUCCGAACGACGGCCGAUGACCUCUUCCCCCUCUUCGACAAGUACGGCGAGGUCGUCGACAUCUACAUCCCCAGGGACCGCAGGACUGGUGACUCCCGAGGAUUCGCGUUCGUGAGGUACAAGUACGAGGACGAGGCGCAGAAGGCAGUUGAUAGGCUCGAUGGGAAACUGGUAGAUGGGAGGGAGAUCAUGGUGCAGUUUGCCAAGUAUGGCCCAAAUGCUGAACGGAUUAACAAAGGAAGAAUAGUCGAGCCAGUUCCAAGGUCAAGGGGCCGUUCCAGAAGCCGCAGUCCAAGACGGAGGUACCGUGAUGAUUAUCGAGAUGACUAUCGGGAUAGAGAUUAUAGAAGGCGAAGUCGGAGUCGGAGUAGAGAUAGGUACACACGUGACAGAUACAGAGAGAGGGACUAUCGUCGUCGUAGCAGGAGCCGCAGCUACAGCCCUGAUGAUUACAAAAAGCAUGGGAGAGACAGUUUGUCUCCUGCACGUAGAAGCCCUAGUCGUAGCCGAAGUCGCAGCUAUAGUCCUGAUGAUUACAAGAGGCGUGGCAGAGACAGCAGUGCGUCACCUGCAAGUAGGAGCCCUAGCCGCUCCCCUCCUCGCAAGGCAUCACCUUCUCCUGAGAAAUCUCCUGUCAGGCGCAAUGAUGACCGGUCUCCUCGUUCUCGGAGCCCUUCGACAUGAGCAGUGUAUCACUUGCAGCACAUCUUGAACAGCUCAGAAGGAUGGAUGAACUAGAGGCUAUGCAUUUGCUUGAUGGUGGGCCCUCUUCAGUUACAGUUCUGUAACGCUGGCUGUCAGUUGCUGCUUCAAUCUUCGAAUGCUACUUUCAUUUGGCACCAGAACUGCUUGUCAAGAACUUUGUGUACACCAGUUCCAUUCCAUUUUCCUUUCCUAUUAGUACUUCAUAUUAUCACUGUCUUUCCAGUAAUGGGUACUUACUAUUCAUGGUGACUGCACCUUUCUAGUUACAUGAUGGAGUGAAGAUGUGAUGGCUGAUAUGCGGUCAACAUGCACGUAGCUUACUGUUGAAGUUGAUAUUAUCUGUGCCGUUUGCCUUGUUGAUGAUGAUGAGUUGAUGGUGAUGAUGAGAUGAUAGUGGCACUGCAGCUGCCUGCAUCCCUUGCUGUCUGCACCUUUUAUGCUGACAAGUAAGAUUCCAAAGAUUUAGCUGAGUUCAGAGUUUCAUUUCUUUUAUAAUCUUGAAAUGAUUUGCCCAAGUUUCUACUUGCUGGGUGUCCCUCUUCAAUAUUUGGAUUUUAAUGUUCGUCUGCGGUGAUGUUUUUACAGAUCCGUUUUAGAUCUCUUUUGUCAUGAGCCUUUCAUGAACAUAGAGAUCAAUUGUUGAUUUCUUCUGUUUGGGGUCUUGUCAUACGUUUUUAUUUCUAUGCUCAACAUUGAACGUCACUAACAUAUGCAAGUUAAUGUUUUGAGUGGAAUACGAAAAGUUUUUCUUUGCACUCGCACUCAUGCAUCGUGCAGUUGGAAAGGUGGAUCUGUUGUUGCUCUUGACCCUUCUUCAGCAAUAGAAGGCGUGUGGGAGAGGUUUCAGCAACAGAAGCCGAACUGGUUUCCGUUCGCUUGAUCGACUGGUUGAAUGGUGAUGGUUUGCUGAGAGACUUCGUCCCGUGGCCCUUAUGAAAGAUGUUUGCUGACCAAUUUAUUAAGUUCUGUAACCUGCGAUAAUUUGUAACGCUGACUUUGAUACACUCGUGUGAAGAAAGGGAAUCUCUGCUAUGCAUGCUUGAGCGUUUAUCCA